AAGUAGUGGGGUGGAUCAGCAUCAUCUUCACUUUGCCUUUAGUUUCUCGAAGCUGUGUGAAGCUUUUGGCCGAGAGGUUUGAUCACAGCAGACAUGGCCUUCAGCGGAACAUGGCAGGUGUACGUUCAGGAGAAUUAUGAAGAAUUCCUCAGAGCCAUCUCACUGCCAGAAGACGUCAUUAAACUGGCCAAAGAUGUCAAACCUGUGACAGAAAUCCAACAAAACGGCAACGACUUUAAAAUCACAUCCAAGACACCUGGAAAAUCCGUCACUAACUCCUUCACCAUCGGCAAAGAAGCUGAAAUUAACACCAUGGACGGCAAGAAGCUGAAGUGCAUUGUCAAAUUGGAUGGUGGAAAGCUGGUGUGUGACACAGAUCGAUUCUCUCACAUCCAGGAGAUCAAGGGAGGAGAGAUGAUUGAGACGCUGACAGUAAGUGGAACCACCAUGAUCAGAAAGAGUAAAAAGAUUUAAGGCGUCAAGGUGUCAGAAGACAAAUGUUUCAUUAUGAAUUUACUGGCUAUUUAAAAUAAAGCUCUGAUUUAUCAA